ACUUAUACCCUGAUCACUAUCAUACCAGAGACGAAUCAAAAGAAGUCAAACAAUUUCAGAUCCUAGCAGUUUACAAUUCUAUUGGUAAACUUCUAUAUGGUGAAACCGAAGCAGAUGUUGGAAACGAACCAAUAGUAAUCUAUGAAAGGAGUCCAGAAUAUAUACAUAUAUCUCCUGAAGAUAAUGAGUAUGCAUUCACGAUGUCUAAUAAGCAUAGAUCAGAGUCCCUCGAAGUUAAAAAAGCCUACCAACAAACAUAUAAGUUAUACGAAAUAUACUCACAUCUAGAAUAUCCUAACAAG